AUGGCAUCGAAUCCGCCGUCCGGGACCUCGACGCCCCGCUUCACGUCUCAAUCCGCUUCCGCGGAGGAUUUACUUAAAUCCCAGACCGUCGGCCUUGUGAACCUUGCGGAUUUCCGCAAGAGACGAGCAGAUGUGCUGGAACAGAAAGAAAAGGAAGCAAGGGAGGGCGCAAGAACACCGGACAGUGACGCCGCGGUGACAGGCCGACCGGAGCAAGGCGGGCGACCGAAGAAAAAGCUCAAGAAGAAGGCCGCCGGCAAGGGGUUACUAUCCUUCGGAGGCGACGAUGACGAGAGUGAUGGGCCAGCUGCCCCCUCACCACCUGCGGCCCAAAGCUCGAGAACAUCAGCCGAAGCCUCGCCUGAUCCUACCGCAGCAGAGAUCAGGAGGAAGUUUACGCCGAAUCCGCAAUCGAGCCUGCCUGUACCUCGCGCCCUAACGAAAGCAGCACUAGCCGCUGAAGCGCUCGACCGGGAGAAGCUACGCAAGGAAUUUCUGGAGAUACAAGAACGGGUCAAGCAGACCGAGAUGGAGAUACCCUUUGUGUUCUACGACGCAGGUGCGAACAUCCCUGGUGGGAGCGUCAGAGUAAAGAAAGGAGACCACGUCUGGCUGUUCUUGGAACGAUGCAGAAAGGUUGGUGCCGAACUUGGUGUCUCUGGGGCAGAUCCGAGUGGCUCGACGGCCCAGAGAAAGAGCAGAGAAGACUCGAGAAAGCAAUGGGCGCGAGUGGGCGUUGAUGACUUGAUGCUGGUGAAAGGCGAAGUCAUUGUACCGCACCACUACGAGUUCUACUAUUUCAUUGCGAACAAGAUUGCUGAUCCUAGUCGGGAGGGGAGAUUGUUAUUCGAAUACUCUGGGACAGCGGACAUUAUGAACAGUUCUAGUCACCACAUGCCGGGACCGACGGCUUCGCUGAGGGUUCCAGGCCAAAAGAAAGGAGAGUUAGAGGGCCAUAAUGACGAUCCCAUACUCACAAAGGUGGUCGAUAGAAGAUGGUACGAAAAGAACAAGCACAUCUAUCCAGCAAGUGUGUGGAAGGAAUACAAGGCCGGGAAGGAGUUUGAGGAGAUUGCAAAGGGCAGACGGAGAGAUGCUCAAGGGAACGCGCUUUUCUUUGGCUAA